AUGAUUGGGCCUGAUAUGCCGCAAUGGCAUGUUCUGGUAGUUGACGAAACUCAGGUGCUGCCAAAUAAACUGACUACUUUCUUCCUCAGCUCGGACGGGAAAAAGGAGCGCUCUGCCUUCUCUGCAGUACUAACAGGGUUUGAGAAGCUAGCUCUAUCCUGCUAUAACAAGAAUGGACACCCUGUGUUUGCUGGGACGGGCAUGUCAAUGGACGAUUUCGAGGACACGACAAAUUCUAUCAUCGCCAAAGGGAUUGGGUCGCCAGGACCCUUCUCCAUCUUUAAAAACUUCGCACCCUUCGAGGAAAAGAAUGUCAAAGAGUACCUGUAUUCUGUUCUUGAUUUGGAGGAGAAGGACAUUGAUGAAGCUGUUUUGCGGCACCUAUGCAAGUGGCUUCGUGGCCGUCCGAGAUGGACAGCGUCUUUUCUGGAAGCUUAUUUGGUACGUAAAACGAGAGAGAGCUGCAAAGGGACUCGUGGAUCGUUUUCGCCUUCGUCAGCCAAGCUGUUGGAAGCACUAGACCAAUAUCGUGCCGUCUACACCAAGGACCCAGAGACAACUGAUGAUCGAAGGGGGUCGUUCACGCCAGAGAAAGGGUCGCCUUUCAAAGCAAUGCGAGACGCUUUUGUAAGAUACGCGGAAGAAGAUCUCAUAGGAACACUGCAGAGGGCGGUGUUCAAGUUCGCCGUCGGCGGAGAAGAAGUUAUCAUUGAAGAAAAUGAUAUGCGUCUCAUCGAAGUUGGUCUGGUUGCUAUCCGUGUAGAUGAAAGAGGCUCAAGGACUGUUUUGGACGAACCCAUUAUGGUUGAGGCGGGCAUCAAUUAUUUUUCCUUAAAGGGAUCGGCUUUGACCAAUCUUCUGGCACAAGAAAAGGGGGGUCAAGGUGAGGCUUUUGAAAAGAUAAUGUUGCCUGCGAUUCAAGACAAUUUUGCGAAGGUGCUGGAAAAACAGCACAAAGAGGAGAAUCAGGUGUUGUCGCAGUACCGUGUGUCCACUAAAUCGGCUUAUGGAGUGCUUGCGGCGAGCUGUAAGAUGGAUAUCGGAAGACAAUCAACUGGCUGA